AUGACCGCCGUAGCAGAUCCAGAGCCCAUCGCCCCCGACGUGCAGGCCCAGGACCACAAGGAGGUGAACGAGGGCCAGGUCGCGCACGUUAGUACCGAUGACGAGAAAACCGUGGGUCAGCCCCAGACCGCCUACGUCCCCGACAACGAUGACGAGUACAACGUCACCUUCAAGACCUGGAUUGUCGUUGGCAUCCUCUCCUGGAGCUAUGGCAUCUCUUUCUGGAUUGUCCCGAGUCUCAGCUCCUGCCAGGGAGUCGUCGCGACGCAGCUGGGCGAUGUCUCGGCGCAGUCUUUCUAUAUCUCUAUUUACACCAUGACGGUCACGAUAGCAUUCAUGGUCUGUGGAGCGAACAGCGACUUGUUCGGCCGCAGGUGGUUCAUCAUAGCCGGCAACGUCCUCAUGUUCAUCGGAUUCAUCAUCGGAGGCACGGCGAAAAACAACAACUCUUUGAUCACGGCCUGCGCCUUCAUCGGCUUCGGCGGCGGCAAUGCCCAGCUGGCGGCCUUUGCGCUGCCCGAGUUGCUCCCCAACAAGUGGAGGCACAUUGCCAUUGUCAUCGCAGACAUGGGCGUGUACUUUGCCGUUCUCGUCGGACCUGUGGCCGGGCGGUUUGCAGCUCAUAAUGGCGAGUCGUGGCGCUGGCUGUUUUACGCCCCUGCCAUCUGCGUCUUCUUCUCCUUCGUCGGCCUCUACAUGUACUACUUCCCGCCCAAGCACCCGCGCGGUCUCCCCUUCCGACAGGCGCUCCGCGAGCUCGACUACGGCGGCGCGAUCCUCUUCAUCCUGUCGGCGACGCUGAUCCUCACGGGCAUCGUGUACACGACCACGCUCCCCUCCAGCAACCCGCGCGUGAUCGGGACGCUCGUGCCGGGCUUCGCGCUGCUGGUCGUCUUCGCGCUCUACGAGACCUUCAUGCCGCUCAAGCAGCCGCUGACGCCGACGCGCGUCUUCCUGCGCGGCAAGGGCCGCGAGCUGACUGCGCCCUUCGUCGCGAGCUUCGUCGUCACCAUGUUCUACUACGCCAUCAACGUCAUCUACCCGACCAUGAUCGCCGUCCUCUUCACCGACGCGACCACUGACUUCCGCUACGGCGUCGUCCUGUCCCUGCCCUCCAACAUCGGCCUCGUCUUCGGUGCCUUCCUGCUGACCGUCUUCGGCUCCAGGAUCGGCCACUGGCGGUGGACCCUCACGGGAUCCGUCACCGUCAUGGUCGUCUUUGGCGCGCUGCUCGCGCUGGUCACGCCGUCGCGCAAGGGCCUGGCCAUCGCCAUGGUCUUCAUCGAGCAGAUCGGCUUCGGGUGGGCCCAGUACUUGUCCAUCGCCUUUGUGCAGUUUGGCACCGAUCAAGUGGAGCUUGGCAUUGCCGGCGGUCUUGCAGGUGUUGCUCGCUUCGCCGGUGGCGCCGUUUCCAUCUCGGUCUUCUCGACGAUCCUGGCCAACGUGCAGGGCAAGGAGGCGGCGAAGCUCAUUCCCGCAGCCGCCGAGGCCGCCGGUCUCUCGCCCUCGGCGGUUCCCGCCCUCCUCGGUGCCUUGCCGUUGGGUGCCGAGGCGCUGGCCGAGGUGCCGGGCAUCACGAAUGAGAUCAUCGCCGCUGCGGCUGAUGCUUUCAAGCAAAGCUACGUUGUCGGCUUGCGGACAACCGCGCUGGCGUCGCUCUCGUUUGGGAUCAUUGGCAUUAUUGCCUGUUUCUGUUGCCAGGACAUCGGCCCAAAGAUGAACAACAAAAUCGAGAUUUUCUUGGAGAACGAUGUCAAUGCCGACAAGAACAAGUUCCACUAA